GUCCAGUCAGCUGAUGCUAACACUCAGCAGCCGGACGAACGGUUCUCCUGCGGCACAGACGGAUCUGACGGUCAGACAGGAUGCCUUUCUCCGAGUUAUAUUUUAACGUCGAUAACGGCUACCUGGAGGGGUUGGUCAGGGGAUUUAAAGCUGGAAUACUGUCCCAGGCGGAUUAUUUAAACCUCGUUCAGUGUGAGACCCUGGAAGAUCUGAAGCUCCACCUGCAGAGCACAGACUAUGGCAGCUUCCUGGCAAACGAGGCGUCUCCUCUCACCGUGUCGGUUAUCGACGACAAGCUGAAGGAGAAGAUGGUGGUGGAGUUUCGCCACAUGAGGAACCAGUCUUAUGAGCCGCUGGCCAGCUUCAUGGACUUCAUAACGUACAGCUACAUGAUCGACAACGUCAUCCUGCUGAUCACGGGCACCCUCCACCAGCGCGCCAUCUCUGAGCUGGUGCCAAAGUGUCACCCGCUGGGCAGCUUCGAGCAGAUGGAGGCGGUCAACAUCGCCCAGACCCCCGCCGAGCUCUACAACGCCAUCCUGGUGGACACGCCCCUGGCUGCGUUCUUCCAGGACUGCAUAUCUGAACAGGACUUGGAUGAGAUGAACAUUGAAAUCAUUCGUAACACACUCUACAAGGCUUACCUCGAGGCUUUCUACAAGUUCUGCUCCAACCUCGGAGGAACCACCGCCGACACCAUGUGUCCUAUUCUGGAGUUCGAGGCAGACAGGAGAGCCUUCAUCAUCACCAUCAACUCAUUCGGCACAGAGCUGUCCAAGGAGGACCGCGCCAAACUCUUCCCCCACUGCGGCAAGCUUUACCCAGAAGGCCUUGCUCAGCUGGCCCGGGCGGAUGACUACGAGCAGGUCAAAGCCGUCGCUGAUUUCUACCCCGAGUACAAGCUGCUGUUCGAGGGCGCCGGAAGCAACCCGGGCGACAAAACGCUGGAGGACCGUUUCUUCGAGCAUGAGGUGAAGCUGAACAAGCUGGCCUUCCUCAACCAGUUCCACUUCAGUGUUUUCUACGCUUACGUGAAGCUGAAGGAGCAGGAGUGCAGGAACAUCGUGUGGAUCGCAGAGUGCAUCGCCCAGCGGCACCGCGCUAAGAUCGACAACUACAUUCCUAUCUUUUAAGCCAUCUUCUUCUUCCCACCAUCAUUUCAUUCAGUCUCAUGUCUUGAACAGUGUGUCCAGUCCCACCUCAGUGUUAAAGGUCCUGAUGGUUUGAUGCUAAAUGUUCUCCCUCCUUCACUCGUACGUGUAAAUUGGUUCCCAACACUCGAGAUUUUUGUUGUAAUGGGAGUCUCAGCCAGUUUUGAACUGGAACACUGAUCCAACAGGCGGGUGGUGCUUGAUGUAAUCAACUCACCAGGUGAAGGAGGCAACUCAUUUGACUUUCAAACACUUAAGUUCUCACUGUCUAAGCUUUCUGUCACUCGGUGUGUUGUUUUAAGCGUCACGCCCCGUCCGCCUCGACACACCGGCUGGUGAAAUGCAUCAGGACUUCAGCCAGCUGACGCUUCACUUCAGUUUGCUGUGAACUCCCAGAACAGAUCAAGAUCAAGUUAAUCUGCAGGCACAUGAAACGCAUUCAGGUUCAGUUGACUGUGGGUUCAUCACCUGCCAAAGUCAGUCAAGAGAUGAAAGUUAAUGUUAACUUGAGACAUGAAAACAUUCCGGCGUCAGGCUCCCCCAGGUUCGAUAUCACCUGUAUUUAUUUCUGUUUUAGUGCUUUUUUCCUGCAUGUCUCGUCAUCACUGUGGUUUAAUCCCCUAAAAACUAACGAGUGAAAUGUGUGAGCCCUUCCUGAUUUGCUGUCUUAACUAGAUUGCUGUUCGAUAUUAAAAAACGCACCUGCUGAACGGGAGCUUCUUGUUCCUGUGUGAACUCUCACCUUUCUGUAAAUGAACGUACUGGAAUGACGCAAAAUGUAGUCAAGUACAUGACAGACUAAAUGUUUAAAGUAUAUAUAGAGAUAUUUAAAAAUGACUAUAUAUGAUUUCGUUUUUUCAUGCUGUAAAAAUUGAUUUGCUGUUUUGAUCAGUUUCUUACUUGUGAAACGUGUAUUGUAAAUGUGGAGAAAAAAAAUUAAACGGACUAAACUGCA